AUGACUGACUAUCACGUAGACUUAUACCUGCGACAAACCUGGGUUGACCAACGCCUCAACCACGCCGACAUCGACCAGCCGCUGGACUUGAACGACCCGAACUUGGUGAAGGCGAUCUGGAAGCCCGAGGUGUAUUUCCCCAACGCCAAGCACGCCGAGUUCCAGUUCGUGACCGUGCCUAACGUGAUCGUCAGGAUCAACCCGCACGGCGAGAUUCUAUACAUGCUCAGGUUGAAGCUGCUCUUCUCUUGUAUGCUGGAGCUUUCAAAAUUCCCUCUGGACGCCCAAAUCUGCACCAUGGAAGUGGCUAGCUUGACCACCCUGCUUACCGUGUCCACCAAGUCCUCAGAUAUUCAGGAAGGCCUGCCUCAAGUUUCCUACGUGAAGGCCAUAGACGUUUGGAUGGGAGCUUGCACCGCGUUCGUGUUCUGCGCGCUGUUGGAGUUUACCCUCGUGAACUACAUGUGGCGUAAGCGACCCCAGCCCAAACUGCCGAACCUGUUCGGACUGAACGGCGGUCGCGUGGCUGGACGCUCGGGUGGCGAUAUCUGCACCAGCUGCAAGGAGAAGAAGGGCAACGACUCGGCAAUCUUCCCGUCUCCUAACAUCGCUCUGAGCAGCAAGUUAACGGAUGAAGCUCUAGCUGCUCUGCCCCUGCAGCUCGUGGCCAGCCUCGCCAGCAACUCCAAGAGACGCGUGCACGCCAUCGACUCCAACUGCCGCGUGCUGUUCCCGCUCAGCUUCAUGUUCUUCAACGUCAAUUGGUGUUAUUACCUGCUUUAA